AUGUCCAGAAACACGGUGCAGCCCAAUGGAUGGGUUGCAAUUAGAUUGCCAAGCGAAGUGACGCGAGUUCUUCAGGUGGUUCCCCAUACAACAAUUUCUCUAGGCAAAUACGGCUCAUUCCCGAGUAAUCUUCUAAUUGAACGACCGUUCCACCUCACGUAUGAAAUCCAAGAUAAGCUUGACGGCGAAAGCUUUCCUCGACUCCGAGUCGUUCCCGGCACAGAGCUCAAUGCCGAUAAGCUCGCCGACGUGAGCGCCACCGAGUCCGCCGAUGCAGACGAGGUUAUCGAGCCGGCGAAUGGGGAGGAGCUCACGCUCGUUGAUGAGAGCGGCAAGGUCGUCGCGCGAUCUACCCGCGAGGUGAUUGACGAAUCUGCACGCCAAACGCUCACAAUGGCAGAGAUCGACCAGCUGAAGAAGGAGGGUGCGGCGGCGGGCAAGGAGCUCAUCGCCAAACUCAUGCUGUCCCACACGGCAAUUGACCAAAAGACGGCAUAUUCGCUGGCCAAGUAUAAGCUGCUUAAAGAGAAGAAGUACAUGCGACGGUUUACUGUCCUUCCUCUUGAUGUGGCCAUGCUUGGACACUGGAUGCUGUUCGAGAGAGACGGAAGCAAGGUCAUGGAGAUGCGACAAGAAAUGAUUGGCUUGCUAGGAUGUUGGGCCGAUGUUCACUUUGGCGGGUUGCCGAUUGACGGGGAGCAAGGUCCCCACGGCGGACGAUGGCUGGCUGUUGAUGACACAGGCGGCCUGCUGGUUGCAGCCAUGGCCGAGAGGAUGGGAAUACUGCACGCUGAGCCGUUGGAAGGAGAGCAGGCAACCAAAGAGGCAGUCGAAGAUGAAGAGAACCCAAAGACACAGCCUGCCGGCGAUGAAGCAGAUGCGGCGGUGGCGGACCCAUCAGCGUCUCCCAAGGCCCAGCGAAGCAGGCCCAAGCGACCGCGAAAAGACGAUCUGGAUAACCACUAUGCUCUCACAAACAGCAUCACCCUUAUUCACGCCAACUCACAACCCAACCUCUCUCUCCUCCGCCACUUUGACUAUGAACACAGCGAUCCCAACCCCCCAUAUCCGUAUCACCCGCUCUUCACCAACUUGCUACCCAUAUCCUGGCUCCAGCUGCUGGACCCAGAAUCCGACCCUACCUACUCCGAGCCCGUACCCGAAGUAGACUCCGACGUCCUCUCUUCCUGGAAGACGAACCGCCGCGCAAACUACCACCGCAAGCGACGGCGAUGGGCUCGCACUCGCCAAAUCGUCGACGCCACCCUCGCAGGCGGCUUCUCCGGUCUCGCCAUAGCAAGCACCAUGGAUCCCAUCUCAGUGCUGCGCCAUGCGCUCCCUCUGCUCGCAGGCGGUGCCCCCGUCGCCAUCUACUCACCGACUAUUGAACCCCUGACGCAACUGGCGGAUUGUUUCAGCAUUGGCCGACGGGGCGCCUGGGUUUCCAAUCCUCCGGCCGAGGCGGAGGGCAAGGCGGCCGUGGAGCUGGAGAAUUGGCCGGGCACCGCCGAAUUCCCCAUCAACCCGGCGCUGCUGAUCGGAGCGCAGGUGCAGACGAGCCGGGCGAGGAGAUGGCAAGUCUUGCCCGGCCGGACACAUCCGUUCAUGACGGAGAAGGGCGGGGCGAGCGGUUACGUGUUUACGGGCUGGAGGGCGAUUCCGGCGGAGGGUAAUAUUACGGCCAGAGGCAAAUUCAAUAAUAGGAAGAAGGCAAAGACGGGAUAA